AUCAAACAGCAGGCCGACUUGCAUCUUGAGCCCUUUGUAUAACACCUCUUCACCGCUUUCAAGUCCUCCCGCUUUCGCGUCCCCUCCUCCUCGCCUCGCUGCCAGCCACCGACCGUCCACUCGCUAGGUCCUCGUUACUCUCCGCAGAAACCCUAGAAAUUUGGAAGAAGGCCUUCCCCUCUUGCGCCGAAGAGCGCUUCGGCGGGAGAUAUCCGGCCGAUUCGCGACUCGUUAGGAAGUAUAAAGACCGGGAGGAGGUGAAAUCCGUUUCUUCGUUUUCUUCGUCGUCUUCUUCUUCUUUCUUCUUCGCCUUCGUUGUGUUCUAGUCCUUUGAAGAUCUUUGCGAUGGGGGGUUUGAAGCCGGAGGCGAAUUCCGAGACCAUGGUAUCGUUAUCGAAUUCCUCCGUUGAUCCCAUUUGGGAUGCCAUCAGGGAGGAAGCCAAGUCGGAGGCUGAGAAAGAGCCAGUUUUAAGCAGCUUCUUGUAUGCUAGUGUUUUAUCGCAUGAUUGUUUGGAGAGGGCAUUGGCAUUUGUGCUGGCUAAUAGGCUCCAGGAUCCAACACUGCUGGCAACUCAACUAAUGGACAUCUUUGACAAUGUGAUAAUGAAUGAUGGAGGUAUUCAAUGCUCCAUUCGCCUAGAUAUUCAGGCAUUCAAAGAUAGGGAUCCUGCUUGUGCAUCUUAUAGUUGGGCACUGCUGUAUCUUAAGGGUUAUCACUCUUUGCAAUCAUACCGUGUGGCACAUGCCUUGUGGAACCAAGGACGCAGAGUAUUGGCCUUGGCAUUGCAAAGUCGUAUCAGCGAGGUUUUUGCUGUGGAUAUACAUCCAGCUGCAAAAAUUGGAGAGGGAAUACUGUUGGACCACGGAACAGGUUUAGUUAUUGGUGAAACUGCUGUUGUAGGAAACAAAGUUUCUUUAAUGCAGGGUGUUACAUUAGGAGGAACUGGUAAGGAAGUUGGAGAUCGGCAUCCUAAAAUUGGUCAAGGCGCUCUUAUUGGAGCAGGCGCCACAAUUCUUGGUAAUAUUACUGUUGGUGAGGGUGCUAUGGUUGCUGCUGGUUCCCUUGUAUUGAAGAAUAUUCCUUCCCACAGCAUAGCUGCAGGAAAUCCAGCUAAGGUAGUUGGACAUGCAGAAGGGGAAGAUCCAUCUUUGACAAUGAAACAUGAUGCUACGAAAGAUUUAUUUGAGCAUUUGUCUAUUAGCUCCAAAGAGAAGAGAUCAAAUGGUUGUAUGCUAAAUUAUCUUAAUGGAAGCUGAAAGACACGAUUCACCAUAGUCAUCAUCGUCCCAAGGAAAAUACUUUUUUCAAAAAUCACUGGACUAUUUUCUUCAUAUGUUCAUCCCUUUUGCCGAGCAGGGAGAUCUCUCUGAUUAAUGACUUCAGCACUGAUAUGGGAGGAACAAUAUAUGUAAUUUAAGAUAUUAUGUUUAGAUUUUCUUUUUAUAUGACUUCUUAACGAUGAUUAGCUACAUCAGGUUCAAAGGUGUAUUUGUUGGAACUUGUAUUGUUUAUAAAAAAAGUUUGUAUACACUCUAAAAUGCGGAUAUACGCAUUUGGAUGUACAUGGCCUACGUUGCGUCGGUUCUGCGUGAGAUCGUGGCGACCAUCCUAUCUGUUUUGAGUAAUGUUACGAUGCCCAAUCUUGGUAUCAAAAAA